CAUGAUCUUCAUGAUUCUGGGGGCGUCGAUCGUGAUGGCCAUCGCGUGCUUGAUGGACAUGAACGCGCUGCUGGACCGAUUCCACAACUACAUCCUCCCGCACCUGCGGGGCGAGGACCGCGUCUGCCACUGCAACUGUGGCCGGCACCAUAUCCACUACGUGAUCCCAUACGACGGGGACCAGUCGGUGGUGGACGCCUCCGAGAACUACUUUGUGACGGACAAUGUGACCAAGCAGGAGAUCGACCUCAUGCUGGGGCUGCUGCUGGGCUUCUGCAUCAGCUGGUUCCUGGUGUGGAUGGACGGAGUGCUACACUGUGCUGUGCGCGCCUGGAGGGCCGGCCGGCGGUACGAUGGCUCAUGGACCUGGCUGCCCAAGCUGUGCAGCCUGCGGGAGCUGGGCCGGCGGCCACACAGGCCCUUCGAGGAGGCCACUGGGAACAUGGUGCACGUGAAGCAGAAACUCUACCACAAUGGCCACCCCAGCCCGCGGCACCUGUGAGCCGCACACAGGACUCCCCGGGGCCGCCGUGCCGCCGGCCC